AUGGAAGUUGCAAAGUGAAACAAGUUGUCACGUUGAUUGCAUUUUCAUUUUCAUUUUGAAAAACUAAGUUUUUUUCGCACAAUCUAUGCAGUUACUAAGAGUUACCUAUAGUUGAUAGAUAUUUGUAUGAAUACAGAAGUAUCGUAUACUUAACAUAACGCUAUCUAAAAUGUCCGACCUUGGGUCAUCGAAACCAAAAAUGCAGAAAUUAGAAAUACAAUCCGCGGAGUCGGAGACAAAAUUGACACUGAGAGAUUCUAUCUUAUCAUGUUCUGAAAUAAUAGCUAAGUCAUGGCCAAAAGAAGAGGGAUUUGUACAUGAAGCAUCAAGGGUGGAGUUGUACCAGAAGCCAUUCCGACACUGUGUGAUACCGGAUUUAAUCAAGGAUGAAGAACUCUUGGAAACUUUGCAGGAAGAGUUGUUUGCUCUUGAGUUCACUCCAAAAAACAAUGACCUUUACAAAUUCCUUCAGACUAUCACAGACUUGAAAAGUUGCAAAUCUUCAAUUAUAAAGGACUUCCGGAAGCUGUUGUGUGUGGAGAUUAGGGACUGGCUGAAGUGUGUCACAGGGAUACCUCUCAAUGACACAGUCGAUGCUUUCUGCGCCCAGUAUAAGCACACAGACACGCUACUGUGCCACGAUGAUGAACUAGAGGGCCGGAGGAUCGCCUACAUAUACUACCUGGUGGACGAUGAUUGGUCAGAGAAAGACGGAGGGGCCCUACAUCUAUACAGCGUGGAUGAGAACAUACAACCUAAAGACGUAGUAAAGUCCAUAGUUCCAGUAAGGAACAACUUUGUGUUCUUUGAAGUCUCCCCUGGAUCCUAUCAUCAGGUUGCGGAGGUGCUAAGUGAGUCAAAGACACGUCUGUCAAUUGCUGGAUGGUUUCAUGGUCCGCCGAUAAAGCGACCAAAACCAUUUAUAGAACCUGCCCUUCCAUUGGCGGCAUAUGGCAAUAUUGAGGAUGAUGUGUUCUUUGACUGGAUCAAUCCAGUUUAUCUGGGCCCGGCUACUCAAGGCAGCAUACAGGAGAAGUUUGAAAAUGACUCAGAAAUAGAACUGCAAGAUUUCUUGGUGAAGGACAAGUAUGAUGCUUUGAUGAAGGCCCUGUCAUCAUCAGAUGUGACUUGGAAAAUGAUGGCACCUGCAAAUAAAAGGUGCUACAGACAGGCAGACGAGUCCAGUCUGCCAGAUCCUGUACAGACCUGCCUGAGACUGCUGCGCUCAGACGCCAUGUUCCUGUUGCUGUCCAACCUCACAGGGCUCAGACUGCACGAGCUUGCGGCCGCUAGCUCAGACUCCGAGGGGGAGGAGGACGGGAUUGAGGAGGGGGAAGAGGAGCAAGGGGGAGCAUCCUGUAGCAAGACUAACAAAAACGAAAAGGACAAGUCUGAAGACAAGCUGUGUGCAUCAAGGUGUCGCAGUGAGGUACGCCACUGGAGUCCGGGCUCAUACACACUCGUGCAUGAUACCAACACAGAGGGGGCGGAGUUUGCACUAGACCUCGUACUCUAUGUUGGAUGUAACGACUGGGACAUGGAGUAUGGGGGUUUCACAUCUUACAUUGCAAAGGGGGAGGAUGAAGAGUUACUGACAGUAACGCCACAAGAAAAUUCUCUGGCCCUUGUGUACCGGGACCAAGACACGCUAAAAUUUGUAAAAUAUCUCAAUUGUGGUGCGGAAAAGAUGCCAAACAAAGGAUUCUAUGACAUUAGUGCUGUAUACUAUGAAUAAAAUGCGUAAACUGUGA